AUGUCUUCUGCGUUUCAUAUUCAUAUCGGAGGGGCUGGAGUAAUGAUUGGUGAUAUGUUAUGGAAACUUUAUGAAAAAGAAUACAAUGAAGCAACUUAGAAUAAUUAUAUUAUGAAGAAGUUGAUGGGAAUCAUUAUCCAUUAGCACUUUUCUUCGAUACGGAUGACAGAAUGAUAAAUGAAGUCUAAAGGAAUAAGACAGCAAAAUAUAAGAAGCAUUCAUUUGUACAUGGAAAGAGGAUGCAUAAACUUUUCCUCGAGGUUUUUACACUGUUGGAAAAUACAUUGCAUUUGAAGCAUUAGAUUGCAUUCGAAAAUAAAUAGAAACAAUGAAUCGAUUAGAUGAAUUUGUGAUUACAAGUUCAAUAAGUGGAGGAACUGGUUCUGGAUGCUUUACUCAGUUGUCAUAUCUUUUAAAGAGUGAAUUUGGAGUAAAAUAAAAUGGAUUUAUAAUUUUCUCAUCUUCAGAGAUGUCGAAUACUGUUGUAGGAGUUUAUAAUGCAGUUUUCUCAAAUUCUUUUAUGACAUAAGAAUUUAAUAGUACACAAUGUUUGACAAUUAGUCAAUGUACAAUGCUAUUGAUUAUCAAUUACAAAUAGAAAUUGUUGAUUAUUAACAUUUAAAUAAUUUGGUGGCUCAAGUAAUUAGUUCCUAUACUGGAUUAAGAAAAUUUAACAAUUGUGAUAAUUCCAAGUUUUUUUCAAAUUUGUGUCCUUAUCCUAGAAUGCAUCAUUUAAUUCCAUCGUAUGGCAAAAUGA